CAUCCAAAUCCAAAUUACAUUUACAUGCACGUUUUUCACGCGAAUCGCUGUUGGGAGCUGCUGAUUAAAGUCUUCUAGAUUCUUAUUUGAAAAUUUCAUCAUUCGUCUUUUAAUUUCAUUGAGUCAUCUAUUAAAAUAAAAAAAACUUAAACAAAAUGUCCUGGAUUUUGGGAAGAAAUCAUCCACAAGCGGCAGCGAAUGUAGCUGGUGAUCCAAAUGUAGGAACCGCAGGACAGGCUACUGGUGAUCCUGGUUUAACCAAAGCCGAAAAGAAAGCUAUGGAGGCGUAUCGAUUUGAUUCUUCUGCUUUGGAAAGGGCCGCAGAAGCUGCCAAGACCUUGGAACAAUCCAAACAUGCUAGAGAAGCUUUGGAUCUGUCUAAGAUGCAAGAGAGCACUCGACAACAAGAGUACUUGGCUAAAGUGAAAGAGUAUGAAGCGCACAUUGAGCAGGCAAAAGCCGAACAGAAGCGCGUUGAUCACGAAGAACGCCGAAAAACUUUGAUUGAAGAGACAAAGCAACAACAGCAAAGAGCUCAAUAUCAAGAUCAGCUAUCAAGAAGACGCUAUGAGGACCAAUUGACGCAGCAACAAAGAGUACAAGAAGAAAACCUUAAAAAACAAGAAGAAAGCGUAGCCCGCCAAGAAGCUAUGCGUCGCCAAACUAUCCAACAUGAAAUUGAAAUGAAGGAAAAGAACCGUCUUAAGCUUCUCGAACAUGAGAUGAGAACCAAAGCUAAGGUUGACAGAGAGAAUCGUGACAUUAAUCUCGAACAAAUUCGGCUUAAAGCUCAGGAGCAUCGAGUCACCGUUCUUGAGGGAAUCAAAACUGCUGGUACAGUUAUUGGCGCUGGAUUCGAGGCUAUGCUCACUGAUUGGGACAAAGUUUUGACGGCAGCUGGAGGUCUCUCGUUGGUCGCCCUUGGUGUCUAUUCAGCUAAAGGAGGAACCGGUGUUAUUUCGCGAUACAUUGAAGCUCGAAUUGGGAAACCAAAUUUGGUCGGCGAGACAUCACGAUUUGCUUUAGCAGACGCCCUCAAAAAUCCACUACAAUACCUCAAACGAUUGAAAUCUCAACCAGCUGACGCUCUACAGGGUGUUGUUUUGAAUCCGAUAUUGGAAGAACGCCUAAGAGACAUUGCCAUUGCCACGAAGAACACACGACAAAAUCGCGGUCUAUAUCGCAACAUUCUUAUGCACGGACCUCCGGGAACCGGUAAAACGAUGUUUGCCAAAAAAUUAGCUCAACACUCAGGAAUGGACUACGCAAUCAUGACUGGCGGUGAUGUUGCUCCAAUGGGAAAAGAAGGAGUCACGGCAAUUCACAAAGUAUUCGAUUGGGCAAAUACCAGUCGACGUGGUUUGUUGUUGUUCGUUGAUGAAGCUGAUGCUUUUCUACGAAAACGUUCUUCGGAAAAAAUCUCUGAAGAUUUGAGAUCAGCUCUGAAUGCAUUCUUAUACAGAACUUCUGAACAGAAUCCAAAGUUUAUGCUUGUGCUAGCAAGUAACACACCCGAACAAUUUGAUUAUGCUAUCAAUGAUCGAUUGGAUGAGAUGGUUGAGUUUAAUUUGCCUGGAUUGGAGGAGCGGGAGAGAUUACUUCGAUUGUACUUUGAUAAGUUUGUACUUGAACCAGCAUCUCAAGGAGCAAAACGUUUCAAGCUCGAGCAAUUUGAUUAUGGUGCUGCAUGUUCGAAGAUGGCUAAACUUUGUUCAGGAAUGUCUGGUCGUGAAAUUUCCAAACUAGGUGUUUCAUGGCAAGCCGCUGUGUAUGCUUCCGAAAAUGGUAUUUUAACAGAGAAAAUGGUCAUGGAUCGUUGUUUGGCUGCAGUAGAACAACACAAACAGAAGAUGGCAUGGCUGUCAGAACAAGAGAAAGGCGAUCACAAAUCCAUAACCGGAGGCCAGGGAACACAAUGAUUGUCAUAACAACUCACUUAAAAAUUCUUUUUAUGACUUAAGAUUUCAGUUCACGGGAAAAACUGUUUGUUUUUUUUUUUUUUUUUUAACCUGAAUGCAUUCAUUUAGUUUCUAUUUAUAGUAAACAAAAAUAUCACAACGCUUAAUGUUUAAAUGAGAAAUUUAAACAAUAAAAUUGUUUAUCUUUCCCAUUUCACAUACAAACCGUUGCGAUAGUUAUUAAGAAGGUCUUCUGCCAACACCAGAAGUGAUUCCUAUACAAACAAAAUAGCUAAAUAAGAUGGUAGUUUUAUAUUUUUUACUACUUUUAAAACUUAUCCAUCUGCAAUGCUGAUACCGAUUUAUAACACUUUUGAGACUGAAAACCAUUUUUAAUUUAUCGGGAAUCGGUUUUAAGAGUUUGUUUGUAACAAAAUCAAACUGGCUUAAGGAUUAUUAAUUUUUAUUGACUUAUUAUUCUUUUAAGCUCAGUGUAAAUAAAAAUAUUGAAACAAACAAGAAAAAAAAGGUAUGAAAUAUUGUUGGCGCAUUCCUAUCUUUUAUUUUAUUUUGGCAUAUUCCUUGGGGAAAUUUAUAUUAAACUUCCACUGCCAUUUGACAUUUUUAGGUUUCUUAAUGAUUUUAUAAAAUAAAAUAUACAUAAUUUGUUAAUUUUAUUCAUUCAAAAUAAAUAAGACACAAAUUGUAAUUGUAUGGAGAAUAUAAUAUUGUUAUAAAUAAUAUUUACAA